AUGUAUCGAUGCGUGCAUUCCGUGUCCACCAAAUGGCAACCGAUCGGUGAUUAUUGUCAUCACUGGAAGAAUGUCUUAAACACGACUCGACGCCAGUGUCUGUCAUCGCAGCCGAAGAUCACGACUCACUACUCAGUGGUUCCCAGAGAUACAGACAAACGAUGGAAAGACAUACCAAUGGAGAGAGUGGUCGACGAGACGGACGUGGUUAUCAUAGGCGGAGGUCCGGCGGGUCUGUCGGCCGCCAUCCGACUCAAGCAAUUGGCGAACAAAAAUCAGUCAGAAUUGAGGGUCACUUUAGUGGAGAAGGCCUCUCAAAUCGGUUUACACACCCUCUCGGGCGCCUGUAUUGAGACCAAAGCGUUGGAUGAGUUGAUCCCCGACUGGAAGGACAAGUCGGCGCCACUGAACACACCCGUCACCGAAGAUAUCUUCAGAUUUCUGACCGAAAAGCGCGGCUUUAAGAUACCAGUGCUGCCGGGCUUUCCUGUCUAUAAUCACGGCAAUCAAGUCGUCCGUUUGGGACAAUUGGUGGAGUGGUUGGGCAUUCAGGCGGAGGAACUGGGCGUCGAUAUAUACCCGGGUAUCGCCGCCUCCGAGAUCCUCUACGACGCCGAGGGCAAUGUGUGCGGAAUCGCCACCAAUGAUGUGGGCGUCCGGAAGGACGGGUCGCCUAAAGACUCGUUUGAGAGGGGAAUGGAGUUGAGGGCGAAGUGUACGGUAUUCGCGGAGGGCUGUCACGGAUCUCUCGCCAAACAGUUGUACAAAAAAUUCAAUCUGAGAGCCAAUUGCGAGCCCCAGUCGUACGGCAUCGGACUCAAGGAGGUCUGGGAGAUCGAGCCGACGCUGCACAGGCCCGGUAGGGUCGAGCACACAGUGGGCUGGCCUCUGGAAAAGGACACAUACGGCGGCUCUUUCUUAUACCACCUCAACGAAGACCAGCCCCUCAUAGCCGUGGGGUUUGUCAUUGGACUCGACUAUACGAACCCAUACUUAAGUCCGUUCAGAGAGUUUCAACGCUUUAAACUGCAUCCCAGUGUUCGCCAGUACUUCGACUCGCCGGCAGCCAAACGGAUUGCCUACGGGGCCCGAGCUCUCAAUGAGGGCGGCCUCCAGUCGAUACCGAAGCUCACGUUCCCGGGCGGGUGUCUAAUAGGGGACAGUCCGGGCUUUUUGAAUAUGCCUAAAAUCAAGGGAACGCAUAACGCCAUGAAGUCGGCGAUGGUGGCGGCCGACAGCAUAUGGGACGCGCACAGCGCCGGUAGUCUUAACAUUGGAUACGAGCCGAUAGAGUACGAGAAGAACUUGAGGAACAGUUGGAUGUGGAAGGAGCUGAAGGCCGCCCGAAACGUGAGGCCGUCGUUCCACUCGAAGCUGGGCCUCUACGGGGGUCUCGUCUACACCGGACUCUUCUACAUAGGGCUCAGGGGUCACGAGCCAUGGACUCUAAAACACGGCGGACCCGACCACUUGCACCUGAAGCCGGCCAAUGAAUGCAAACCCAUUGAAUACCCGAAACCCGACAACAAAGUGACGUUUGAUUUGUUGUCAUCCGUAGCGCUCACUAAUACCAACCACGAGGCCGACCAACCGGCGCACCUGACGCUCAUGAAUGAUGACAUACCUGUUGAGCGCAAUCUGAAGGUCUUUGACGGACCUGAGGGCAGGUUCUGCCCGGCCGGGGUGUAUGAGUUUGUGCCCAAUGAGGGUACGGGUGGUAUUAAACUGCAAAUCAAUGCUCAGAAUUGUAUUCACUGUAAGACAUGUGAUAUCAAAGACCCGUCACAGAACAUCAAUUGGGUUACACCAGAGGGUAAGGGAUCU